AUGGGCCGCCUAGCCACAUACAUCGCAGGCAAAGCCUCCAGCGCGGACAAGCUUCCCGGCCAGCUUCCCAACGUCUCGCUGAUUGACGCGCUCUGCCCAAGAAUCGUCUCCAUCAGUCCCUCUCGAAAUGAAACCAAGCCUCUUGUCGACAGAGCCCAAGACAGAAAUAGCUCUCGCGGAUCCGUCACUCACAGCGUUGUGUCGAAGGACAAGAAGGGCAAGCUGGUGCUGGUUCAGCAUCGCGAUAAAUCUGUCGGCAUCGGGAGCGGUGGUGACGGUCAAGCAACUCCCGAGGACGCGAAGAAGGAUGGAGGUGCCACGAAUGACAAGGCAAGCAACGGUGGAAAAGCCGACGAGAAGAAGGACGGCGCAGUGGACGAGAACGAGCUCAAUUUCACCCCAGAGGAAGACGCCAAAUUGCUCAAAAUGAAGGCCGACAAUCCCAGUGGGCCUUGGGCCACAGUUGCCGAAGAGCUUGGAAAAAAGGUUCACGAGGUCAAACAGCGACAUCAAGAGCUGAAGAAACUAAGCAGUGGGCCAUCUGAAGAUACCAAAGGUGAUUCCAAGCCGAACAACUCCAUCAAGAAUGAUUCAAAGAAGGAUACCAACUCAAAGGAGUCUCAGAAAAAUGCUGGAGGUACUGUCAAGCUGCAGGAGGGRGAUUGGACCGCCGCCGAGGACGCCAUCCUCUUGGAAAUGUCGUCGAAGGGAGAGAAGAAUCAGAACAUCRCAGCUCUACUUGAUGGGCGGAGCAAGAAAGAUGUUGGCAGGCGACUUCACGAGCUCAAGGGGCAYGACGGCGGUGAUAUGAAGAACGCUGAAGGGGAGAAGGCCAAGGGCGACCAGAACGCCAAAGGAGGUGGCGGCGAAGGCAAGAAGAAUGGCGAGAACAACAACAACCACAACAAGAWCAAGAAAAAGAAUGAAAAGCAGCAGGCAGGUAAGGAGGAGAGCGCUCCCAAAGAGGAAGCCAAACCAAAAGCUCCAUCGAGCAAGGCCGGAAGCAAGGCCGGAGGCAAAGCUGGAAGCAGAGCAGGGAGCUGCCGAAGUGAAGCCAAGUUCACUAUGGGCGAGUGGAUGACACUGCAGGAAGACGACAUGUUCAAUUUCAGAGAGCUUCAGCUGCUCUCUGAGCUGAUCAUCACGGAUCUGAAGGAGUCGCGAGAUGGUGUCUACUCGUGGCUACGUGUCGCGAGUCUGUUCACUGAUCGUACGGGUCGCCGGGUUCAUCCUGAGGAUAUUCGGGAGAAGUUUGAGUCCAUGGCUCGGGACUAA